ACUGCCUUAAGCCUGUGGGUUUAGUGGUCGGGUCGAGAUCUUCCCAACGCAACGAUGGCGGCAGCUGUGUCCGUUAGUGCAGCAGCUGGAGGAGACAGGCACUGCGCCGCCCGGCCACUAUACGAUGCUGGACAAGAGGACUGGGGCCAGGCUGAAGUUCAAGAGCCAGAGAAAGACGUGGGUUUGGAAGAGCCAUCGAUCUCCGUUGAUCAGCGGCGGGUGGAUGAGGAGCUGCCAGCGCUGAGCGCGGAGGAGAUCGCGUGUCGUCUGGAGCGCACGCGUCGUGAGUUUUACAACCGCAGGAAGAUCCUCAUUAAGAACCUGCCCGCAGACGUGAGCAACCAGGAGGUACAUGAGCUGUUGAGUGACUAUGACCUCAAGUAUUGCUUUGUGGACAAGUAUAAAGGAACAGCCUUUGUGACGCUGCUGAAUGGUGAGCAGGCACAGUCUGCCAUCAAGAAGUUCCACCGGCAUGUUCUGCGUGAGCGGGAGAUCUCGGUGCAGCUGCAGCCCACCGAUGCCCUGUUGUGCAUCGCCAACCUGCCGCAGGCCUUCUCACAGCAGCAGUUUGAAGAGCUUGUGCGUCCCUUUGGCAACCUGGAGCGCUGCUUCCUUGUGCACAGUGAACGCACAGGCCACUCGAAGGGCUAUGGCUUCGCAGAAUACAUGAAGAAGGACUCGGCGGCACGUGCCAAGUCGGAACUGCUAGGCAAGCAGCUGGGUUCACGCAUGCUCUACGUCCACUGGACUGAGGCAGGCUCGCUGACAUACCCAAUGCUGCACUCGCGCUGCCUCUGCAUUGAUCGGCUGCCCCGGGGGCUGUUGAAUGUCCAGGACUUGCAGCAGAUCCUUUCUGACACCUAUGCACCCAUUUUUUGCCAGCUGGCCCAGGGGCAGGAUGGAAGCUUCCGGCGCUUUGCCGUGCUGGAGUUUGCCACACCAGAGAUGGCUGAAGAUGUGCAGAGAAUAGCGGAUGGCCGGGCUCUGGGCGGAACACACAUCCGGGUGUCGUUCUGUGCACCAGGUCCACCUGGCAGGAGCAUGCUGGCAGCCCUCAUUGCUGCCCAGACCAUGGCCUUGAACCGAGGUAAAGGCCUUUUACCAGAUCCUACAGCCCUGCAGAUCCUGUCGGGCCUCAACAACCCAGCUGCCCUGAAGAUGCUGUUGGCUCCACUGACACAGGGACUCCUUGGUCCCACACCUGCAGUGCCGCUGCUGGCCAAUCCUGCGCUGUCUGCUGCCUUGCUUCAGGUGUUGCUUCAGAGUCAGGCCCAUAUCCAGCAGGUACCACCGCCAGGAAUGCUGGGGGAGAACCCAUUAGCAGGGACACAGUCCCUUCAACCAGGAUUAAAUCUGCUGGGUGACCUAACUCCAGGGGGAACUGUGCUGUCAUCUCACUGCCUCCCAUCAGAACCUCCAGGGCCCAUUAAGCCUCCUGUUCCCAGUCGCUCCCUCAUGAGGGAUCUAGAGUCUCCUGUGGCACCCUGCAGCCUCCCUCCCAUACCUUCUCCUGCUCUGCAGGGCAUCCCCACACCCCUCCUGGGCAGUGUGUUUUCUGGGGAGGGAGCUGCUGCACCUCGGGGGUCUCUCCUAGGUGAGCCUCCCAAGGAGCUGACUAUUCCUCACAACCCAUUCUUGAACAUGCAGAAUCUGUUCCCAUCAUCAGGCACAAGCUGCAGGCCACAUCCUUACAGGAAGAAAAUGCCGUCCGGGAGCUUGUCACAGAUGCGUGGCAGUGGGACUGUGAGCUCUAGCUAUAGCCUUCGUUACCAGGAUUCCUACCCAGAAGUAGAUUAUUCAGGUGUCCACCAGGACCCCUUGGGGCCCUUGUAUGAGCCCCUACAGUGUGUAGACCCAGUAGCCCUACCAGGGUUUGGACAGCAGCUCCUGCCACAUCCUGGCCACAGAGCCUGCCCACUGUACUCCUACCCACCCAGCCCACCUCAUGCCAACUACUACAGCCCCACCUCCGUUUCACCUCCUGCCACACAGCUGAACAAGGCUGUGGGCAUGCCCCCCACUGCUCAGACCAGCAGCAGCACUCUGUUCUCAACAUCUCCUCAGAGUGUGGUGAAGCAGACCCCCAUUGGGAGCCAGAAACGUCUCUUCUCCCGCCUCAUCCCAUCACCUGAACCCAGCCCUGAGGGGAGUUAUGUGGGCCAGCACUCACAGGGCCUGGGGGGACACUAUGCUGACUCAUACCUGAAGCGCAAGCGCAUCUUCUAACAAGGGUGUUGGUCCUGUGUCCAGGCAGUCAGUAACCAGUGCUGACUGCCAUACCUCCAUGUGCUUCUGCCACAAGCAUCAGUUUGAGCCCAGUAACCUUUAUGGGUACCCUGGACCUCAUCUCAUCGGCAUCCAGCCUGCUGCUCUUCCCCUGGGCUGACAUGCACCAGUCAGUGGAAGGAUUUUGUUUCACCUAUGGAUGUACUUUUUGUGGGUUUUUCUUUUUAUUUUUUUAAGUUAGUUUUAGUAAAAUUGUCUUAAAAGCAGGGAUUACUUUGUGUUGAAAGUGAAAACCAUAGUUAAUACAAUUCUUUGGUUUUUUUGCCAGUUUUUUCCAUGGUGAGCCAAACCCUGUGUUUUAGUUUGACUGUAAAUAGGUAUUUUUAAUUUUUGCAGGCUGUCUUGUAAGUGGUUAAGUUUUUAGUUGGAUGUGUCAGCUUGUUUUGUCUGAACCAUCAGGGGUUAGACACUGGUUGCAGUUUCCUGGUGGUGUAAGACUGCAUUAUUACCUUUUUUAUGCAUCAGUAUUGGUUGCCAACCUGCACUUCAUCACAUUUGUUUGAAAUACUACCAUCUGCCACUCUACCCCACCCCACCCCCCACUAAAUCUUAAUUUCCCACCCUAAUCCAUACUUCUGUUGCACUUACAGGGUCAGUAUCACUUAAGUUGAAAUCAGUCCUGCUUUCUCACAAUGUCUGAGUCUAUUUGGUUCUCCUUAUGCAGGACUGCAGACAGUUGGCUGUUCCGUGCCAUUUUGACCUCGGUAAUAACACAGCUGCUUUCCUGAGUUCAUGAGUCAGUGUGGAGGAUGCUUGGGCUUUAGGGGGCUGCUGUACAUUUUUGCGUUGCUUUUUUUGAUGGCUGAAUGUUGUCCUGUGUGCUUUGCUGCCCACUACACAUUGCCUUCCCCCUGGAGGCCCCUUGAGUUUGCACUGCUUUGGUCCCCACUUGGCUCAUGAAGUUUCUGUUGCCAGCCAGUAGAGGGAGCAAUUUCUCUGAUCUAGAGGGGUUCUGGGUGGAAUUGUGCAGAAGGUAGGGUGGGUCAAAUCACCCUGGCCAGACAAGCCCACUACCCAGCUGUGUUCCUUUUUACCUGGUUAAAAUCACUGCGUUCAUAAUUUGUCACCUGCAUCAUUGUCAGGCAAUUCCAGUUCUCAGGUCAUGGGAUUUUAUGCUUUUUCUCUGCUUCUAAUUGCUCUGAGGUUAUCUCCCACCCUGCUGGGUGUGUCAAGUUUACAUGAUUUUAUGGGUAAUGCAGCAGCCCUUGGACUAGAAUGGGCCAACCUUUUCCCAGUGUGCAGCAGGUUCCUGUGUUGAGGUGGAGGACCAGUCCCAGGUUUGUGCGUACCUGUUCUGCUGAUGUACGUUUCUGGUUGUAAAAAAAACCCAUUACCUCGGACUUUUACUGCUGGCAGUGACUAUGGGACCUCCGAGUUUUAAAUCUGUAAACAAGUGUUUCUAUUACUUCUGCCCUGACUGUUGGACUCUAUUUCAUCUAAUCUUACUUUGUUUGCUGAGUACCUACGAAGCUUAUUCAGUUUCUUCCCAGAGCCUGAAACCUUUGUUUUUCCUUGUAAUGAGUUCUGGUUCUGCUCUGCUGUAAUGACAUUUAAAGGCGUGUAUGUGGACUUCAUAGCUUUGUGUGAAUGAUUUCAACUGUAAAGUGACAAUCCCUCUUAGUGUCAUGUCCUGGAUGGGAGCAGCGGUCGGUCAGUUUAACUUGGCUGCAAAACUGUCUGAAGCAAUUUGCUAAAAUGGCCAUUUUGUGGAAUUUUUUUUUUCCCCACCCC